AUGGCCAAUUUCCUCGCCUCCAUCUUCGGCACCGAGCAGGACAAGGUCAACUGCUCAUUCUAUUACAAGAUCGGCGCCUGCCGCCAUGGCGACCGCUGCAGCAGGAAACACGUCAAGCCCUCGUACAGCCAGACGAUCCUCAUGCCCAACCUGUACCAGAACCCGGCCUUCGACCCCAAGAAUCGCAUGAACCCGUCGCAGCUGCAGAACCACUUCGACGCCUUCUACGAGGACAUUUGGUGCGAGAUGUGCAAGUACGGCGAGAUUGAGGAGCUCGUCGUGUGCGACAACAACAACGACCACCUGAUCGGCAACGUCUACGCGCGCUUCAAGUACGAGGACAGCGCGCAGAAGGCCUGCGACGCCCUCAACAGCCGCUGGUACGCCGGCCGCCCCAUCUACUGCGAGCUGAGCCCCGUCACCGACUUCCGCGAAGCAUGCUGUCGGCUUAACAGUGGCGAAGGCUGCGUCCGCGGCGGCUUCUGCAACUUCAUCCACCGAAAGAACCCAAGCCCCGAGCUCGAGAGGGAGCUGGACCUGUCCACCAGGAAGUGGCUCAAGAUGAGGCCGCGGUCGCGCAGCCCGACGAGGUCCCCCAGUCCGGAGCCUACAAGGAGGCGGUAUUAG